AUGUCACAAGAUCAGUCGAAGACUUUAGAACUAUUCUCCAGGAAGCAGGUUUCGGAACAUAAUAAUGCUAAUGAUUGCUGGGUUACUGUUUCUAACAGAAAAAUUUACGAUGUUACCAAGUUUUUAGAUGAGCAUCCAGGUGGCCCUCAGUAUAUUUUGGAUUACGCAGGUAAAGAUAUCACCGAAGUAUUGAAGGACUCAACCAUCCACGAACAUUCGGAGUCUGCAUAUGAAAUUUUGGAGGACUCGUCGUACCUAGUAGGGUAUAUGGCCACUGAAUUAGAGGAGAAAGAACUUUUGACCAAUUCAAGCCAUAAAGUCGAAGUGAAAUUGGCCACCCUUGAUUUUGAUUCUACUACUUUUGUUAAGGAUUUGCCUACUGAAGAGAAGCUGAGUAUUGCAACCGACUACAGCAGAGACUAUAAAAGACACCAUUUCUUGGAUCUACAGAAGCCUUUGCUACCUCAAGUUAUGUUCGGUAAAUUUACGAAAGAUUUUUACGUUGAUCAAAUUCACAGACCUAGGCAUUAUGGUAAGGGAUCAGCACCAUUGUUCGGGAACUUCUUGGAGCCUCUUUCAAAAACUUCGUGGUAUGUUAUUCCAAUGGUAUGGCUUCCAGUUGUCCUUUACCAUGUCGGUGUGGCUUUCAAAAACAUGAACCCUAUCUUUACGAUUUUUUUCUUCUGCUUGGGUACGUUUGUGUGGACUUUGAUUGAAUAUGGUCUUCAUAGGUUCCUUUUCCACUUUGAUGAUUGGUUGCCAGAGAGUAACGUAUGUUUUACUUUACAUUUCCUACUUCACGGUGUUCACCAUUAUCUUCCAAUGGACAAAUAUCGGUUGGUUAUGCCACCAACUCUAUUUGUGAUUCUAUGUACACCAUUUUACAAAUUGGUGUUUGGAUUGCUUCCACUCUACGUUGCAUAUGCAGGUUUUGCAGGCGGUUUAUUCGGUUAUGUUUGUUACGAUUUGACCCAUUAUUUCCUACAUCACUCCAAAUUGCCUUCGUUCAUGCGUAAAUUGAAGAAAUACCACUUGGAGCACCAUUACAAAAACUACCAAUUGGGAUUCGGUGUCACUUCCUGGUUUUGGGAUAAAGUGUUUGGUACCUAUCUGAGUCCAACUUCCCCAAUCUCUCAGAUGAAAUACGAUUAA